UGAACAAAAGAAAGUGAAGAUAAAGCAAAAUCUUCUCUAAUCAGAGUGGAGUAUGUGGUAAUGUGACAUUUAGCAACUCCACUUUCUACCUUUGCAACUGGCUGUCCUACCUGUGAGCUCAUUCCGCCUGCAGGACAAUAACAACGCUGAAAGAAUGAGGGCCUUUGAUUGGCCCAGACAGCAGCCAAUCGGAAUGCAAAGAAUGAGUCACAGGGAAGCCACUGCACCUAUCUGCACUCACCUGAUACUUUACCUGGCCGAGCUCAGACCCAGCAUCUCAUUGCCUUUCCAAUACAAUCUAUAACUGAGGCUCAUUGUGCUCUGUACGCUCCAGCAGUCAAGUUGUUCCUCUGUACUGGCUUCACUCAGACAAAGACAAGAAGCCAUGGCUGUGGCUAAUUUCCAGUACAUUACCCGGAUGAGCAGUGGCUUCAAAGUCUACAUUUUAGAAGGUCAGCCCCACCUCAGGAGCGAAGACAGACAUAGACAUAUCGCAAAUGAGCGGGCCCGAGUCCCAACGGUGCAUCCAGUCAAACGCAAGCAUAGCCACGAGCGCGGUCUGACAUUGGAGGAAAGGCGAGAGCGGGUACUGAGCAGAAGCAGCGUCAAAGCUGCCCAGAGAGCUGCACAAGCACCAGUGAUGUUCAACAGGCCGCAGAGCCCCACAUCUACAUGGAGUCCAACACCCAGCCCCACCAGCCCCCUGCCCACCCACGUGUACUACGCACCGGUCAUGGACGAACCACUUGCCCUCAUCAAGAAACCAAGGAAAGACCCUGAAAGCACAGAGGGAAAGAAUAAAAGCUCUGCUCCCUCUCAAAUCCAGAUGCGUCCCUCUGUGAUCACUUGCGUCUCCUCGUCAAGAAACCCGUCCUGCAGAUCUGAGGUCCAAAGGAGCCCCUCAUCAGUGAUUUCCGAACGCAGCUAUGACCACGUGGUUGAGGAGCACUUCCAGAGGAGCCUCGGAGUGAACUACCAGAAAGCUCGCUCCCAGCAGCUCUCCAUCAGCGUGUCUGUGGAUGACCACUUCGCCAAGGCUUUGGGAGACAAGUGGCUGCAGAUUCAAUCCAAGUCUUCCUCCUGUUCCUCCACACCUCCCAGCAGUCCGAGCGUCACUCACUCCCCCACCUACAGCCACAGCCUGAAUCUGUCCCACAAAGAGUCCACCAGCAGCUCAUCGCCCACUUCCAGCCGCUGGUCCGUCAAUUAAAAGCAGAAACGACCUCUGAUGUGAGAAGAAACUGUGACUUGUAACAUUUCACCGCGCACAGCUCAGCUUGUCGGGGCAACGGAAAUGCCAGCGCUAUAGUGUUGAGAGGGCGAGCUAACCGAUGCAGGAGCGCUGUCACUUUGAACCUCUGCGUGUCCGAAUUUAAGGCACGCUGACGCCGAUGAAUGUAGCAAUAAUUGGGAUGUCCGUGCUUUGUUACAUUUCUAUCCUCUGCUUGUUGAUAGCAUCUGAAUACCUGAGGUACCGUAGGCGUACCGUGUUGUGAGAUGAUUGAAAAAUCAGCCAAAUAAUCCUUAACAUUUCUAUGAUUUUGUGUCGUUCCUUCGAUUUGCAGUCUGAAUGCCACAUUUUCAUUGUAUUAUAUUUAUGUUCGGAUAAAACCUGGGUUCCUUAUAGUCUAAAAUGACUAGCCUAUCUGCUGUAUGAUAUUGUGCUUAUCAGCUGUACACAAGAGAGAUUUUUUUUUAAAGAAAAAAUAAACAAUCUCAAAUAUUCCUUAA